CCCUCCCAAAGCAGGUAAUCAGUAGCCCCGCCCCCUGCCAUUAGCCGGAUCGGGCCUAGUUACUGAACUGGAGCACCCCUCCUCCCUCUCCCCUCCCCUCUUCCCCACCCCUUCGUACAGCGGGCUCCUGCUGGCCCAGAGGGUCUUCAUUAAAGGAGAGGCAGGGUGUCUGGGCAGAGUCCAGGCAGGAAGUCCUUGCCUCGUACCUCUACUCAGGCAUUUGUCAUCUAGGAGUCUGCAUAAAAUAUGAGGGGCCAUCCUUCCCUGCUCUUAGUCUACGUGGGAUUGGCCAACUGUCUGGAUACCUUACCUCACAGAGAGCAAAAGCAAGUUCCUGACAUCUUCCUGGAUCCCCCGAAGGCCCAGAGUCUCCUAGUUUACCACAGGCGUUUUCCCCGAGCGAACCACUGGGACCUGGAGUUGCUGACCCCUGGGAACCUGGAACGGGAGUGUAUAGAGGAGAGGUGCUCCUGGGAGGAGGCCCGAGAGUGCUUCGAGGACAACACACUGACGGAACGCUUCUGGGAAGGCUAUAAGUACAAUGGCAAGGGAGGGUCUCACCGACUUACUCAGGCUGACCUUGAAUUCACUAUCAGACUUCCAACAUGCAAUCCUCCAGCCUCAGCCUUCCAAGUAGCUGGGAUGACAGGGCGUGGACGCGUGGACGUUGCAGGGCUGGCAGUGGGGCUGACCUCUGGGAUCCUGCUCAUCGUGUUGACUGGCUUGGGAGCCUUUUGGUAUCUACAGUACCGACAGCGGCGUCACCUCAGAGCCCAGGAGUCCUGUCUGCCUGAGACCGGGCUCAUCAUCCCUCUGAGCCCCCCGACGCCCCAGUCCCCACCCUCACCUCCAGGCCUCCCUACCUACGAACAGGCAUUGGCAGCCACUGGGGUGCACGACGCCCCUCCGCCCCCUUACUCCAGCCUCCGAAGGCCUCACUGAAGACCUGCUGCGAGCGCGGGCUCCCCGAACUGUGCCCCUGAUUCAUAGCGGAUUCCGGAAGUCGCCAGCUUCUUCGACGACGGCGCUUCAGUGUGUCCGUGGGGAGUCAGGGUCGUCGGACCCUAGGUCUACCAUGACACACGUGUUUCCGCCGGGCACGGAUACGCGCAAGUCCCUGACCGUCCCAUUGCCGAACCGGUGCCCCUGCCCCUCGCGCGACCCCCCACCUCUCCUGAGCAGCGUCCCUGCCUCGGAGUGGGCAAGACUCUUGGGAAACUCGGACCAGACUUGACUCGACCGUGUCCCCACCGGUGCGGCGGGGCGCGUACACGCAGGGAACCGUGCACACGCCCGACUUGGUGUAUUUUCCUACUCGGGCACAUGGGCGGUUCGUAAUCCAGCAUAAAGGUGGGGGGCGCAUUUGCAGUGUGCUGUAAGAGGGGUGUUGCGUUUGUGCUCACCUGGGGAAAGGAGUUGAGCUGAGCUGCCCUCUACCUAAAGAAACCUCUGGAAAAGGAAGGGGGGGAAGGACCUCCCCACACAAAAAAUUCAAAAUUGAAACAGUGCGAGAAAAAUAAAAAUGCAAACGAACUGA